CCACUCGCGAGUCAAAAUUGACGCGCGUACCUCCAGGCGGGAAACUCUUCCUCUCUUCCCAGAAUUCAUUAAUACCUUGCCGCCGAGCCUCACAUGCGGGAUGAAACCCUAAACCCAUGGCCCCGAGGAAGAAGCCUUCUUCCUCCUCAACAAGAAAAUCGAACUUAAGCCGCCAGCAACCCCCAUCUUCCAAGUAUGGCAUCCAGCAUUUCUUCGAGCGGCACUCACAAACGCAGGCGGUUUCUACUUCUCCCUGCCCACCCGAACUGCCCAAACCCGACCUAAACUCUAACCCUAAAACCAGUCCAAAACCUAGCCCCAAUGCCGAUCCCUGUCCCAACGGUAGCGAGCCAUUGCCCGCAGUUCUACCGCAACAGGACGCCGAGGCCAACAGCGAAAAGAAGUCAUCACCGAUUUCUCCGGAGUUCAUCAAGAAUGCCCCUUUUAAGCGUUUCAAGUUUUCCCCGUUGAUAAAGCAGAGCCAAGAUGAUGGUGGAGACGAGAUCUCAUGGAAAAUCUCUCCUUUAAAUCAACGAUUUAGGCCGUUUAAUGCGAAUAAGUUACCGAGGACAAUGAGCAUUCUUGCAGAUCAACCCAGACCGAUUGGCUCAUUUAUCCAUCCCUGCUUGCAGCAGCAGAAUUAUUCUUGUACUUCCGCUGCAAGCUUCCAGAAGUGGCUCUCUUCUCCAAGCGCAAAGGAUACUGGUGAAUCUUUUUCUUCCUCUAGAUUGUUAUCAGCUGAGCAAGAUACUGAGCCGUGCAUUGGUAAUGAGAGCGCUUGUAUGGAGUCGUCAAGUAAAGUGUUUCAGACUCCUCCCUCUUCUUCUUGCGAUGACAGCAAGGGUACUGUUGUUGUGGUCAGUAAGGACGACUCACAUGAGCUGGGUUUUGGGCUACACCACAAGACAUUUCUUGAACUUUUAGAUCAAGUUGGAGAUGUGGUUAUUGAUAAAGCAGUACCGACCAACAUAACGCAAAACCAUUACUCUGGUAAUCCCAGUUGCCGGACUAAAAAAAAUUGUAAUUUGAAAGGAAAAAAAGCCGCAGUUACUGCAUCACAAAAGAUUAACGGCUCUAUAAACGAUGAUGUAUUUCUUGUUUUAGAGGUUUCUGAAAAGUGCAGGACUGCUGAUUCUUCACAUGUUCUUAAUCCUUACAAGGUCCUUCGUUUGCUUCAUGAACUUACUGGUGAAGAGAGGGCGCUAUAUUUAUGUGAUGAAUGGUUUUACAGCAUAAUUGGACCCGGGGAUACUGUGAGUGUUGUUGGCAAAUUUGACGAGGAAGGAAAAUGCAUUGUUAACCACAGUGACAAUCUCGCUAUAGUUUUUCCUGAUAUACUCAUGUCUGGGACUAGGGUUGCCUCUAGUUUCAGUUGUCCACGACGCGCUGUUCUCGACGAGAGACUAAGAGCCAGUGAAUAUUCUUCUCCGGCUUUAGUUGGUACCAUGCUUCAUCAGAUCUUUCAGGCUGGGCUUCUCAAGGAUUCACCAACCAGGAAUUUUUUGGAGGAGUGUGCUAUCAUCACACUGCAAAAAAACAUUGAGAACUUGUAUGCUUGUGGUGCGGAUCAAAAUGCAACACUUGUGGAACUUGUAGAUGCAAUCCCCAGAAUAAUAAAGUGGAUAAAAUGCUUCAGAAAUUCAGAGGAAGGAGAUAAGGCUGUUGUUGAUUUUGGGCAAAAUGAAGGACGCAAGGAAAUUUCAAUAAUUGAGGUCAUAGAUAUAGAAGAGAUGGCAUGGGCUCCAAAAUAUGGCUUGAAAGGGAUUAUCGACGCUUCUUUACGUGUUAAGAAGGGUGCGAGUAUUGGUGAUUCAACGGAAACAAUUAUUCCAUUAGAGUUUAAAACUGGGAAGGGAACGACUGGUCAGACUGCUUUGGAACAUUGCGCUCAAGUGAUACUGUACACACUUCUGAUGUCUGAGAGAUACCUUCAUAAGGAUGUGGACUCUGGUCUUCUUUAUUAUCUUCAUACAGAUGAGACAAGGGGUAUUAAAGUUCAACGAUCUGACUUGGUUGGGUUAAUUAUGCGUCGUAAUGAGCUUGCGUCAGAUAUUUUGAAGGCAUCGACCACUCAAGUUCUGCCUCCAAUGCUGAAGAAUCCCACAGUGUGUAAAAACUGCCGUCAUCUGAAUUCAUGUUCCAUUUACCAUAAGGCAUAUGUCGGCAGCUACGAGGCGAGUGGCCUUGGUGAUUUAUAUGAUAGAAAAACGGGACAUUUAAAUGUUGUCCAUAUUGAAUUCCUUAAACAUUGGGACCGCUUAAUUGAUCUGGAAGCAAAAACAUGCCAGGUAGCUGGCAAAGAAAUAUUUCGAGCUCAACACCUAAGAGAAAACAGCUCAAGUUGUCUAUCCUCUCUAGUUUUAGAUGUUACAAAUGGAUUUUCUGAAGAUGGGUCUCCUCACAAUGGCCGAUUUGUAUAUCAUUUCGUACACCAGAGGACAUCUCAACAUAAUCAUGAAAUGUUUAACUUGGAUAUCAAGCAAGCUUCAGAACCACAAGCUGACAGUCUGGUCUGCUCCCUCAGAUGCGGGGACUUUGUGAUAAUCAGCAUGGUGAAUGGACGUCCAGCAGUUGCGCAGGGAAUCAUAUGCGGCAUUAAUGAAUUUCAUAUCUCUAUAUCUCUUUCUCGGCGCUUAAGGAUUCCAGGUAACCAUCGUUCUUCAAAAGCUGAUCUAAUGCAUGCAGUGUGGAGGAUUGACAAGGAUGAGAUUGCUACAUCAUAUUCAAUGAUGAGAUUCAACCUUCUGGAGUUGUUUGAUUCGAAUUUACAAAUUUCCCGGCUUAGGAAAAUGGUUGUUGACCUUGAGGCACCUAGAUUUGAUAGUGGCGGAUUACUUAGCCAGGACCCAGCAGUCUCGUAUGUACAUUUGGAAAGUUGUAUAAAUGACGACCAACGUAGAGCCAUAAAGAAGAUACUUUCUGCCAAGGAUUACGCACUUAUCUUGGGAAUGCCCGGAACGGGGAAAACUUCAACAAUAGUUCAUGCUGUUAAGGCUUUCCUGAUUAGAGGCGCAUCCAUUUUAUUGACAUCUUACACCAACUCGGCUAUUGAUAAUUUGCUUAUCAAGCUAAAAGCUCAGGGCAUCGAUUUUAUUCGCCUUGGAAGGCAGGAAGCUGUUCAUGAAGACAUCCGUCAUUAUUGCUUUACAGAUAUUCACUCUGUUGAUGAUGUUAAGCUGAGGAUGGACCAAAUCCGUGUUGUUGGAGUAACAUGUUUGGGCAUAAAACAUCCCUUACUUGUAAACAAAAAAUUUGAUGUUUGCAUAAUGGAUGAAGCCGGACAAAUUACACUGCCAGUUUCUCUUGGGCCACUGAUGCUAGCUUCUACAUUUGUGCUUGUUGGAGAUCAUUAUCAGUUACCACCGCUUGUUCAGAGCACAGAGGCUCGGGAGAAUGGAAUGGCCGUAAGCUUAUUCUGCAGGCUUUCUGAAGCUCAUCCUCAGGCUAUAUCAGCCUUGCAAAGCCAGUAUCGGAUGUGUGCUGGUAUCAUGGAACUAUCAAAUACACUUAUUUAUGGGAACAGACUGCGAUGUGGUUCUUUGGAUGUUGCAAAUGCAAAAAUGAAGUUAAGCCUUGUGGAACCUAUAAAAUGGUGGCUAAAAGAGGUUUUAGACCCAAAUAAAUCUGUUGUUUUUAUCAACACAGACAUGCUGCCUGCGCCUGAGGUAAGGGAGGAAAACAAUGUGCAUAAUCCCGUUGAAACUCUUAUUAUAUCAGAGAUAACUUUGGGUUUACUUGAAAGAGAAAUUUCAGAGGAUGAAAUUGGUAUCAUAACUCCUUACAACUCUCAAGCCAGUCACAUUCAGUGUGCGACCAGCGCCUGUGUGGAGAUCCAUACUAUUGAUAAGUAUCAGGGACGGGACAAGGAUUGUUUAAUUAUUUCCUUUGUUAGAUCCGUUGAAAACUCUAAAUCAUGUUCUACCUCGUUACUUGGAGAUUGGCGCAGAAUCAAUGUUGCCCUCACCCGCGCGAAGAAGAAGCUGAUAAUGGUGGGCUCAUGUGGGACCCUUUCUAAGGUUCCACUAUUGAAGCUUCUGAUAGAUAAAGUGAACGAGCUUGGUGGCAUGCUGAAUAUUUCCAAUAAGGAUUUGGGCCCAGCUUAAUGGCCUCUUGAGGAAAUUUCUGUAUAGUUUCUCAUUUAAUUAGACGUCUUGUUUUAUUUUCUUUGUUUAUUCAUUUGUGAUGCAAGUGGCAGCUGUAUUUGGGCAAUGCAAUGCAAGUGCUUUUUGUAUAUAAUUUCUAUUGGACGGUUUGUAGCGGCACGGAAGCCAAUAUUGAGCCACUAUUUUUCUUUAUCAUCUUGAAGAAAUUAAGCAAACUAUAUUGAAAGUUAAUCUAUAUAUGGUG